AUGAACAGAUCUUUUCACUUUCUAAUAAAGUACAUAUAUAUACAUGUUCUUCUUGUUUUUUAUUUUCACAUUAAGCAGCAGGCUAUUAUGCCUUUUUUUAUUUUUUUCUUUUCAUCAUUCGACGGACUUUCAUUUGACCUUCGAGUGGUAGCGUUUUUAGCCAAGCACGUUUUCGUUGGCGUUUGUUCACCCUUUUUUGUUGUAGGUUUUUUUGGUUCAUCUAGAGUAGUUGUUACUGAAUGGCUUUCGAAGCUUGUAUUACCUCCUCCUCCAGUUUCAAUAACACAGGUCUUCUCUUUGUCACGUAAGAGAGGCGAAUUCUCCAGCGGAUACAUCUUGAUUAUAAACCCUUACAAAAGUUUCCUGCGAUCACUUUUAGAUUUUUCAAUUUUCAAUAAUACUGCCAAGAACAAAUCUUCAACAUUUACAUUGAACUUGGAGGAUGUCUCAAAAUAG